AUGUCGGCAUCAUCUACCUUGACCUCGCCUUCUUGCAACCCUUCGGAGUAUCUUCUCGAACAUGCAAAAGUUCAGAUGACGUCCAAAGCCAAGGAUGCAGCGGAUACAAGCCCGACAGUGGAGGAGCUGAAGUUGGGUGCCGCCGAGCUUGAAGUAGAAAGUGGAUGGAAGAACAAGUCUCUGGUUUCUUGUCCUUCGAAGCCAGAGAAUACCAUCGAGGAGGUUCCAGCGCCUCCUAUUGUCGCCCAGAUCUCGGGCUAG